UCUUAAUCCUUCGCGAUUUUAGUCAUUUCUCAAAAAGAAAAAGGAGAAAGGUACAUGUGGCUCUGGGACCGUGAAGGAGGGUGGGGGGAGGGGGUGCCGCUUAAUCUGUUGCCCAACCGGCGUCAUCUUUUAAGAGGAAGAGGGAUGACACUGAGAAGUCUCUUAAGGUGAUUUCGGAGGGUGAUAAGAAUUUUGCUGGUGGCAAUAGAUCUGCUUUUGAGAGGCAGAAGAGGCUUCAUGGCUUCAUUCCUGCCACGAGCUCGCAUUCGUUGUGGAGUGAUCAAUUUCCCUUUGCCAAGCUUUCUGACAGGGUUUCUCAGUACCCUCGAGAUAAGCUGAUGACUCGUCGUAUUGGCAUGGAGGGGAUGGAAAAGUUCAUUCAGAUUGUCGCUUCACGUUUGAUGUGUGUAGGUCGCACUACUGAACUGCUCGGGGCCAAACAAAAAGUGGCUGUGGAUAGGGUUUCUGACUUAGAGAAAUCGUUAAAAGAGAAGGACGACAUCAUUGUAGAUGUUACGGCAAAAUUGAAAGAGUUUGAAGAGGAGGUCGUUCGCCUUCGAGACCAAGUCCGGCUUCUGCAGGCAGAGGUGAAAGAGAAUGAUAAGACUAAGGAGCAGCUGACCUCCAGCGUUCAUGAGUUGGAAGAGGAGGGGAUGGAGAUGUUCUCCUCCAGUUUUGAUCGAGCUGUCAGUCAAAUUGCUGUGUUAGCCCCCGAGUUUGAUUGUGAUCAGCUUGAUGUAACCAAGAUAGUUAUUGGCGGGAAGCUGGUUGUGGAUGGAACCGUGGAGGACUAUGAUAAGAACGUUCCUCCUUUUUAAUUUAUGUAUAUUUCUG